AUGUGUUACUCAGAUUUCAUUUUAUUAGUUAUAUUACUUUUUAAUCUUUUCUUGAUUUCUGAUACUAAUCCAGCAGGAAGAAGUAUAGUUCCAAAUAAUAAUGGCAAAGAACCACGUGGUAAAAACAUAAGUAGAUUUUCAGAAUCUUUUGAAAGCUCAUCGGAAAUUUCUUCGGCAAAUAUCGAAAGUAGUGAGUAUAGUGAAGAAGAUGAUAUAUCAUAUGAGGAAAGUGAAGAUACUGAAGAAAAUAUGAGUUAUGAUGAUAAUAAAUACAGGAGACGUGGAAAAAGAGAAGUUUCAGGAAAUCAAAUUUAUUUGAAAAAUAGUUCAAACAUUACUUCUACAUCUAAACCAAAAAAAAAAAGUAAAAAAAAAUCUAAAAAAAGUAAAACCAAAAACAAAAAAGGAAAAGGAAAAGGAAAGGAAAAACAUAAAAGAGUUACAUAUAAAAUAUUUUAA